AUGAACUACCAGCUCAUUGUGGCCCUUCAGCAUGUCUACAUCCUGCCAAGUCUACUGCUGUAUUUGGCCCAGUUCUGCUAUAUCGUCUCUUCACGAGACAAUGAAUUUUCCACCUCCUUCUACUACAUUUUUUUGAUACGCGCUCCAGCAGACAUAAUUCAAGUAACAGCCAGUCUGGUAGCGUAUCGGUAUCCGUUGGCUGGAUGGAAGGCAGUUCUUGACAAGCCGUAUAUGGCU